AUGUCGGUCAAGGCUACGCCAUUUGUGGCUUCCGUACUUGGGAGUAUCCCGCAAGGUCCUGAUACGUGCGACAAACCAAAGACAUCGGAGCCCGCUGUCUCGGAGCCACCUACCUCGCAACCAGAACUUGAGCCCUCAACGGAGACAGACGGGAAGUCUUGGGAAGUCGUCAAGUUGACGAAUGGCCUCAUUAGCAUGGAGAAUACGCCACCGUGGCUAGUUGAUGUCGUCAAGCGCAAUGCUCUGCAAUCUCCUCUGCUCCGUCUCCCUGUUGAGAUCAGGACGAUGAUAUGGCAGUACGUAAAGGCUGGAAGCUUCGUCAACGUACGCCUGUCGUGGAUGACUUCGACCUGCACAAAGUUUGGCGUCGCCCUGGUCGGACCGUGUACUUAUCUUCAAGAUCCACCCCAAUUGCCAGCAGCGAUCCGUCUCCGAGAAGUGUGCCGCCAGCUAUAUUUCGAGCUCAGCCAGACAGCCUACUCAGGAACCAUCUUCUUGUUCAAUACUGUUCACGCGCAAGAUGUUAGGACUUGGGCCGAACAACUAACGCCCGCACACAAGAAUGCCGACACCGACAUAGCAAGCUACUCGGCUUGGUUGAUAUAUCCUGUGACUUUACCCGGCCAGCCUAUUUGUGAGUCACUCCCAGGGUUGCAGCGCGUUCACAUGUACCGAUCCGGCAAAUUUGGCUACCAAUAUGUCAAAGAAGGGAGUUCAUGGAAGCUGUUGGAAGACUCAGGUACUCGCCAUGAUCGGCUGAUGCUCUAG